CUGGCAAAAUGUGCGGUACAAAACAUUAAUGCUUCCAACUACUUACGUUCGUUACUACCACAAGUCAAGCAGCAGGUCAACAAGUAGAAAAAUAGAGCUACUCUUAUCAGUUGAAGAUCUUCCUCAUCACCACACACUCUCUCAACUCCUUUGCUUGUCACUGCUCUUCUCAGUUCAUCAGGAUAUUGAAAAUGGAAGAUCUAGCUAAAAAUAUCUUGGAAAAGCUGGCUUCCCUUGCUUAUGGCGAGGUUAGCUUGGCAUGGGGCAUGAAAGACGACCUCAAUAAACUGAAGAAAACCACGUCCAUCCUCAAAGCUGUGCUCCAAGAUGCGGAAAGCAAGCAAGCCCAGAAUGAAGAGAUCAGAAUCUGGCUCACUGAACUUAAAGUUGUCUUCCAUGACGCAGUGGAUGUGCUCGAUGACUUUGAGUGCGAACUACUGAGGAGACAGGUUGUGAAACAAUAUGCUUCUUUCGGUAGAAAGGUACGUCGUUUCUUUUCAAGCUCCAAUCCACUUGCCUAUCGUUUCAGUGUUGCUCAUCGAGUUAAGGAUAUAAGGGAAAACUUAGAUGAGAUUGCUAAGAAUAUGGGAAAGUUCAAUUUGAUCAAAUCCACGCUGAAUGUGGAACAAAGUCCCCUUAUGCAGGAGAGUAGAGAGACUCACUCAUUUGUCAACCUUUCAGACGUUAUUGGUAGAGAUCGUGAAAAGGGGGAGAUUCUAGAUAUGGUAUUGAUGGACCAAGCUCACACAAGUGAUAAUCAAAUCUCUGUCAUUUCGAUAGUUGGGUUGGGAGGUUUAGGAAAGACCACACUUAUCAAAGCAGUAUACAACGACAAACAAAUUGGUGGCAAGUUUGAUUUGAGGAUCUGGGUAUGUGUGUCUCUGGAUUUCAAUGUGUCUAGAAUAAUAAAAGAUAUUCUUAAGGAUGCAACUGGCAGCAGUGGUACCAGUGACAUGUCUAAUUUAAAUCAGUUGCAAAAAUCCUUGACAGACACCUUGAAAGAUAAAAAAUUUCUACUUGUGUUGGAUGACGUAUGGAAUAAGGAUUCUUCUAAGUGGCAGGAUUUGGCAGAGUCGUUAUCAGUGGGUUCCAAGGGAAGCAAAAUUAUAGUAACAACACGUGAUACUGAUGUUGCUUCAAUCAUGUGUGGAAAAAGACAAUAUGAAUUGGAGGGUCUCCCUGACAAGGAUUCUUUGUCUCUGUUUUUCAAGUUUGCAUUCCGUAGUGAAGAAGAAGCAGCAAAGUAUCCUGAACUCAAACAAAUUGGUGAAGAAAUUAUGAGAAAGUGUGGUGGGGUUCCUUUGGCAUUGAAAACCUUGGGGAGUCUAAUUCGGUUGAAGAAGACUGAAGCUCGUGAGUGGAAAAUUGUAAGAGACAGCAGAAUUUGGGAGUUAGAACGAGAGAAAGGUCACAUUUUACCUGCAUUGCGAUUAAGUUACAAUCCAAUGCCUCCAUCUUUGAAACACUGUUUUGCUUACUGCUCAACUUUCGAAGAGGGUAGUUGGAUGGUGAGUAUUGACUUGAUUUGCAUUUGGAUGGCACUUGGAAUCCUUCAUUCACCUAACAACAAAGUGGAGUUGGAAGAUGUUGGUAAAUCACAUUGCAUGGAGUUGUGCAACAGAUCUUUCUUUCAAGUUGAUUGUGAAGCUUAUUAUGGACUCUCCCAAUUCUUUAGAGUGCAUGAUUUAAUUCACAACCUUGCGUGCUCUAUCACCCAAAGUGAGUGCUCUACUGUAGAUUACGAAGGCGGAGAGAUUUCUGAUACUUUAAGAUAUUUAAGAAUUGUUAUCAAUAAGAACAACUUAACAAAUUUGAGUAAGUUAACGAAACUGAGAAGUAUUCAUGUUAAGUGUACCGGAGAUGAGAAGGAUGAAGUUGUGGAGUCAUUCCUUUCUACAUGCAUCUCAAGAUUCAAGCACUUGCGAUUGUUUGAUUUGUCAGAUUUAUCUUUCGAGGUGUUUCCAAGUUCGAUUGGGACCGUGAAACAAUUGAGAUAUCUUAACAUGAGUGAUAAUAGAAAGAUAAAGAGGCUCCCUGAUUCAAUUUGCAAGCUGCAAAGUUUGCAAACUCUGAUUGUUAGUGGAUGUGAGAAGCUUGAGGAAUUACCCAAGAAUAUAGGAAACUUGGUAAGCCUUAGGACUCUUAUGUUAACCACAAAACAAUGCUGUUUGGCAUAUGGUGGAAUUGGACGCUUGAAGUCUAUUCGCUUAUUGGUUAUUACUAAGUGUAAAAAUUUGAGAGCCUUGCCGAAUGACUUGAUAAACUGCACCACAUUACGUACUCUCGUAAUAAACUAUUGUAAACAACUCAACUUGGCAAGUGGAUUUAUCAAUGAAGAUGUCCAGUUGAGCCUUCAGACAUUUGUGAUUGAUGCUUUACCAGAGACAACAGAUCUGCCCCAAUGGCUCCAACAAGCUGCUAAGACCCUACAAAAUUUACGUAUUGAACAUUGUUCCAAAUUAGCGAGACUGCCGUGGUGGCUGCCAAAACUCAUCUCACUUGAGAAGCUUCUAAUUAUGGAAUGUCCAAAAUUGAUGUCUCUUCCAAGGGGGAUGGAACGCCUCACCUCCCUCACACAUUUGAAGAUUGAAGAUUGUGAACAACUCAACUUGGCAAGUGAAUUUAUCAAUGAAGAUGUCCAGUCGAGCCUUCACACAUUUGUGAUUAAAGACUUACCAGAGACAAUAGAUCUGCCCCAAUGGCUCCAACAAGCUGCUAAGACCCUACAAAAUUUACAAAUUGAAUAUUGUUCCAAAUUAGCAAGACUGCCGGAGUGGCUGCCAAAACUCAUCUCACUUGAGAAGCUUCUAAUUAGAAAAUGUCCAAGAUUGAUGUCUCUUCCAGAGGGGAUGGAACGCCUCACCUCCCUCACACAUUUGAAGAUUGAAGAUUGUGAUGCACUAGAGGAAAGAUGCAAAUGAGAAGUAGGCCAGGAUUGGCAAAAGAUUGCUCAUGUUCCCAACCUUUCAAUUGGUUCUGAUGAUGAUGACGACGACGAAGAGUAGGCGGAGAAGAUCUUCCCUUCGCCCUAGGAAUAAAAUUCUUUCGACGAAGUCUCAUUGAGUUCAUGAAGUUUGGUGUGUCUUCUGUCUACAUGUUCAAUAAAGAUAUAUCUAUUAAUAGUUUGAUUAAUGUGUGCAAGUUUUUCAAUAAACCUCUCUGUGUGUACUAAGCUUUGCCAAGAGAUACUUUUCUACAUUUAAUUAAUGUGUGCAAGUUUUUCAUAAAUUGUUCUGUGUGUGCUAAAUUUUGCAAAGACACUUUUUCUACAUCUAAUAAUAAUUGUUUGUUGCGAGUUCUUCAGA